UGUCAGUGUCAAGUCAACGCCAAAAAAUUUAAAGAAUUGCCAAAACUAUGGGUGAAAAUAUAAAAUAAUUAUUUUUUAUAUCAUCCAAGUGAUUUGUAAAAUUUACUUCGCAGAAUUUCAAAUUCCUGUUGUUGCGGUGAAUAACUCGAAAGUGAAGUUGAUUGCUUGUAUUUGAUAGGUAUUAACACUUUCAACAACCAUGACAUACAACAGGAAACGAGGACGUGAUCCAAAAGAAGAUGAAAUCGAGUUUAUGCCUCUUUCGAAGCGAAUAAACAAUCUUCACAUCAACAGCAACGGCAUGCUCUUAGACAGCGGGUGCCAUUCGAGUUCAACGAAUAACGUGGAAUGGGGCCCGGGCCCACCGAACCACUCGAAUUACGUUCCGGAAUCUCCCCCCAGUUCAGAGCAGAGUCUCGAUUUCAACGCUUUACAGUACCAAUCCGAGUAUAUGCCGGAUUUGAGCGAAUCGCAGAAUCCCCACUAUUUCAAGAUAAAUAAAUUAUUGUUCGAAAUGUAUGUUCAAAGAGUGCAAAGGGGUUGCCAUAAUGUAUGAAGACGCGUUAUUCAAUUAUACUGAUUUUGUAAUUCUGAAUCUAUUCGAGGGAUAAUACAAUUUUGAUUCGUGCUUUUUGGUGAAUCAAUAUUGAUUAGAUCUUACUGAUAAAUUUUUCAUUGUUUCUGGGUUUUGAGCAGGAAAUUUACUGGUUUUGUACUUUUGAUUGAACAUUUUUUGGUUUAAAGUGAUUUUCAUGUUUAACUGAAUUAAACGAAUCCGCAACUUUUUGGUAAGCGGUGCAAGUAUCAGGACAGAAAAUUCCAGAAUUUUUACUAUAUGCAUUUAGUUUAAUAAGUUUUUUUUAAUUACAACGAGAGUUUGGAGCAUAAAUUAUUUAUCUUUUCAGUUUUAACUUAACUAACGGCUGUUAAGUCCACUAUGAUGUUUUUUGAAAUCCUUCUGUUUGAGAUAUUAAUAUCCGUUGAAUGAUCUCACUACUCUGAACCUCAUUGUCGUUAGUAAGUUAAGAUUUUUAAUUUGAUUAGUUUAUUGUAUAUUUAUAUUUAUUAAAAUACGUUCAGUAUGA